GUGGGCACAGGUGGGUGGCACUGGUGGGCACAGGUGGGUGGCACUGGUGGGCACAGGUGGGUGGCACUUCUGGGCACAGGUAGGUGGCACUGCAGAGUGGCACAGGUGGGUGCACUGCUGGGCACAGGUGGGGGCACUGCUGGGCACAGGUGGGCGGAGCUAGUGGGCGCACUGCUGGGCGGAACUUGCGGGUGUCACUGCUGGGCACCGAUCAUCAGGGCACUGAUCAUCAGUGCCCUGAUGAUCGGUGCCGAUCCCCGCUCUGACAACUGCCGGUUCUUGGCAGUACUUUCCUCACGAUCUGACAGCGUGAGGAAAGUGCAGCCGAGAACCGGCACUUGC